UUACUAGUGACCGACAUGAAGGAAGGUACAUUGAACAUUCCCGAUUAUGUGCGAGAUGCACUGCUAAAUGUGGCUCAAAAGUUAGGUUUCACCGCCGGCCAGCACACGGUGGAUUACGAUUUUCGCGCCAACGGAGAUAACCGAUCCGUCGUGUCCGUGUUCUAUCGUGUAACGUUUCGCGAGGAACCACGGGAAGCGACCGUGCUGUGCAAAGUGCCACCUCCCGGUGCCGAUGGUACACUGCUGGCGCUCUUUGAGCGAGAAGCGUUCGUGUAUGGCAAGCUGCUACCGGCUUUCGAGCAAUUCCAGCGCACCAGCCAACAGGGUGAUGGUGCCAGCGAUACGGAAGGUGAAGCUAAACCGAAGGAAGAAGCCUUUGGAGAGGAAACCUUCGCUCCUCGCUGCUAUCAUGCGCACUGUGAUGUGAAGAAGGCCGAGGGCAUCAUCAUCAUGGAGGAUGUGCUCCGACGUGGGUUUUCUAACCGACAAAAGUUCGAACCAAUGGACUAUGACCAUGCGCGGCUUGCGAUGUUGCAGCUUGGCCGCUUCCAUGCACUCUCGUUGGCGCUCAAGCAACAACAACCGGAACUGUUUGAGCAGUAUCGCUACAUGACUGACGUCACACGGGAACGUGUGCUCGGUUGUGAAGGGUUCGCUCAAACGAUGCAGCUAGCAUUCGACAGUGCAAUGGCCACGCUCAACCCCGGUGACGGGACGAAGCGGGAAAAGCUCGCUCGUCUGGGAGACGGUUUUGUGGAGGAACUUCAGACGAUCAACGAUACGACGCAGUCAGAGCCAUUCUGUGUCGUGUGCCAUGGUGACUUUUCGGCCGACAAUAUGAUGUUUUCAUAUAAUGGAGGAUUUCCAUCACGGCUCGUCAUGCUCGACUGGCAACUGGCCAAGUAUGGAUCACCGGCGCUUGAUUUCGUGCAAGCCGUUUUCCUAUCGACCGAUGAUUCCUUGCGCAGAAACCACUAUGAUAAUAUGCUGCAAACGUACCAUCAUUCGCUGCUGAGUCAUCUGGAGCGGCUGGGCGAUGUGCGUGCCACGGAGUGGUUCCCGCUUACCGUGCUUAUGCGACUGAUCAAAGUGCAGGCACGGCAAGCGUUGGUACUCGGGAUGCUACAUAUUCCGCUUGCCAUCGCCAGCAAAGAAGCCGCAGAAGAAAAUGAAACCCCGGAAACGGAGGAACAGCGGGAGGACUCGUGUUCGGUUGACAUUAGCGAUACGGAUGAUGCCAAGUAUCAAACACGUAUGGCCGGAUUGUUAAAGGACGUGUUUCGUUUGGGGUAUUUAUGAUGCGAAAAGGAAUUCGAAGCGAGAUGAAUGUUCAAUUGCCUAAAUAAAAUUCGACAUUAAAGUUA